AUGGUGGUGACGCGGGUGACGGAAGCCAUUCUGACGUCAUGUUUGCUGUUGUCACGUGUCUGGGCUCGGCCCUCGGAGGUCACGUGUGAUGGCGGCCGCGGAGAAUGGGAUAAAUGGUUCGAUGGGUGCCGGUGGUGCGUCUGUCAGCAGACGGGCCCCCUAUGCUCGUCGUCUGAAUGUUCGCGUCUGGUUACCAGGGUGGCUCCCUGCCAGAAAGUGGACUCCAGGUGGUGGGACGGCUGUUAUCACUGCAAAUGUUAUCAUCACGGCAUAGAGUGCUCCAUUGAUGAUACUUGUCUCCUGCUCAUGCGCAGUGAAAGAUAUGCGUUAGACUUCCUCUCCCAUGAUGCCUGUCUGGACGCCAAAGAUGGCCGAUGUAUUUGUGGAGCAGACGGCGUCCCUUCUUGCACAGCCGAAGUCAUCGACAGAAACGCACACCCGGCAACUACUAUAGGAUUAAAUCCCAUUUUCCCAGCUGUUGCCUCACUAAUAUCCCCAAGAGUUGUUUACUAUGACCGACCUUAUGCAAGUAAGAGUGGUAACAGACACGACAGACCAGAAUUCUACACCGAUUCCUUGUAUAUUAACCACCCCGACGAAACUGCAGAAAAUCUCAGUAAUGAACAGUAUAAAAAGCGUCUUCAUUUUCUAGUCAAACGCCAUGCCAGACGCAAUAAAAACCAUUCCCCUCAAGUAUACAUCUCUGCGCGUGGUCGUGCUUCGCAACACUCCAAACGCAGAUCUGCGAUAGACUUACGCCGUCCUUCUAGUCAUAACCAAAGGAAUUCCAGAAAGCAUUUUGAAGAAAAUUUGUCCGGCAAAGGAUCUCAAGGGAGGCGACAAAAUCAGAAUGCGGACCAGACAUUCUGGGGUGAUUCAGCCAGUGUCUUUGACAAUGAUGUCAAAUCUAAUGGAGAAAAUCAGCUUGACCCAAACAAUGAGAGGACAGAGUCCUUUAUUUCCAAAGAUGUAAACGUUCCUAAUGCUAAGGUGUACAAGAAAGCAUACAAAGACAGUUUUGAUAUAUUUGCAAGUCGUAAAAAAAAGGAAUUGGAUGAAUAUAUAGGGCUGGUGGGUUUAAAUGAGGGUAAUACAUUCAAGAAAAAUGCAGACAUGUUGAAAGAAGAUACCUUAGAUACAGAGUAUCUGAACGAUGAAACAUCGACAGACAACCUGGCACAUUCUGCAUCGACAUCGCUGUUGGUAGCUAGUAAUAAUCGUUGCAGAUGGGGUGUGCGGUGGUACGGUGGCAGCCUGCGCUGCUACUGUGGCCUGGAGAACUCCAUCACGUGCGGUGAUCCUAGCUUUGUGGCAUCUCGGAUCGACGGUUUUCGUUUGGAGCCAGCUUCCUGUGAAGUGGGUCAAGCGUGGGAUGACGCCGACACCUGCAGAGCUUGUGAAUGUCAGGUCAGAGGGGUGAUCCUCUGCAGGCGCUCAUCUUCUUGCCCUCUGCCAUUCCUCAUCAAACCGCUGCCCGUGCAUCCAGACCAGGGAAACCAUUUUGACAGAAAAGAUGAUUUUGUCGGCAGUAAAGGUCAGAGUUCAAUAGGUCACACGGACGAGUUCACUGGACAGGAAGAACAAAAGGUCGUGUUUGAUAAAAACGUGACAUCUCUGGAAGACGUUGAUAAAGAAAGUGUUGACGCAGAAGAAGGUUCUGCAGGUGUUGGUGGUCGAGAAGUCGAUGUGUAUAUCAUUACAGAUGGUGCCAACAUCACUACUGUUGAUGAUACUGAUGGAAAAAUCAAGAUUGACGAUAAACUGGAAGAGCCAGUUUUAAUUACUGUCCCCGAGAACAACUCACAAGAGAUUGAUUAUAACAAUGGCAAUAAAGAAAUUGGCCCCGGAAGUAACAAUAAUGAAACUGUCUCAGAUAAUAACAGUGACAAAAUUCACACUGGGAUUAAUAACCGAGACAAUAUAUCUGAGAAUGGAACUACAAGCGGAGGUAAUAAAAAUGAGGACAAUGUGCUGGAACUUGAUGUUGGUAUUACGAGAUAUCCGGGUGUCAUUAUCAGACAAGAAAACAAUGCCACACUUGGAGACGUGAAUUUUAACGUUAAAAAAGACAAUGAUAAUCAGGAGAGUAGAGAAGACGGCAAGGAAACUACGAGUAAAGAAGUAGAAGUUAGAGAAAAUACAGAUUUUAAAAGAACAACACAAGUGGUUGUUGGCGAAUGCAGACCAAUGAGUCGGUGGUUAGAUCGAUGUAAGCGUUGCCAGUGUGAUAAAGAUGGGAAAAAGCAUUGCGACAUCUCCCGCUGUCCCAGACCCAUGCCAGUUAUUCCUGUAAGGGUCAGUUUCCCACCAGAUACUGGCGACAACGACCAGAGAUCCGGUCGACCCAUGCAGCGUCCACCGCCAGAAUUAUUUUUACCCAGAGUUGGACCAAUCGAUCUGACGCCUACCUUUCUAGGAUUGGACCUGUGUGGACGUUUUACUGUAGGGCAGAAGUACUGGGACGAGUGCAAUAUAUGUUUGUGUACACCUCAUGGGCCAAAGUGCACAGCUAAAAACUGUGCGUGA